AUCCCCUAACAACUCCAUCUCUUUUGCUUAUUAUUAUCUUUCUACUAUAUAAACUGGCAAUUUCAAGAUCAUUCCAUCAAGAUUCAAGAACAAGAACAUCUGAUUCAAUACAACAUAGAAAAACAUCAGUCUUUGCAGAUUGUUGGGUUUAAUUUCAAGAUGUUCAAGAAAUCUUCAUCAUCUAUUUUACUGGCAAUGGUGUUUGCAGCCAUGAAUGUGGCAGUCAUGGUGGCAGGAGUAGCCGACCCCGAGGCGGCUGGAGAGCCGCCUGUUCUUGAGAUGUACAUGCACGACAUCCUCGGCGGCAACAACCCAACAGCGCGGCCGAUCACGGGCCUGCUGGGGAGCAUCUACAGCAGCCAAGUUCCGUUUGCGAAGCCGCUCGGUUUCCAGCCUCCCCAGGACGCGGUGGCCAUUCCCAACGCGAAUGGCGCCAUCCCGACGCUCAAUAUAAACGGGAUUCCUCUGGGAACCGGGCUGGCAGGGACGACAUUUGCGGGGGUGACCAACAAUGGCAACAACAACAACAACAUUGCAACCCAGCUUGGACCUGAUGGAUUGGGGCUCGGUUUUGGGACCAUAACUGUGAUCGAUGAUAUCUUGACAAACACCCCGGAGUUGGGCACGCAAACCAUUGGCAAAGCUCAAGGGAUUUACGUCUCCAGUUCGGCUGAUGGCAGCACACAGAUGAUGGCGUUCACCGCCAUGUUUGAAGGAGGCGAAUAUGGCGACAGCCUUAACUUCUUCGGGGUGUACAAGAUAGGAAGCACAAUGUCUCGGCUCACGGUGACCGGAGGCACUGGUAAGUUCAAGAACGCCUGUGGGUUUGCGGAGCUCAGAUCACUCAUUCCGGCCGGUCAGCAUAUCACAGAUGGUGCACAGACACUGCUGAGGAUGGCUGUCCAUCUUACCUACUGA